AUGACCUUCAUUGUGGGUAUGGAUGAAGAUGGAGCUAAAAUCCCAGGUGAUAUUUGGACUUGGACUUCAGAAAGUAUAUUCAAAGAGGCAACUCCAACCAGCAUUGCAGAGCUGACAAUACCAUCUUUAAUCUCCCUUCCCUGCAUUCCCAUUUGCUGUCUCUACAAUGAUCUUGAUAGUGCUUUCCUACCUAACCCUACCAAAGGCUUUAAAGCAGAGAGCGAGGAAGAGGAUGACACUGAAAUGGAAGUUGAAGAUCAAGAUAGUAGAGAAGCUGAGAAGCCAAAUAUUAUUAACUUUGACACCAGUUUGCCAACAUCACAUAUGUAUUUGGGUUCUGAUAUGGAAGAGUUUCAUGGGAGAACGCUGCACGAUGAUGACAGCUGCCAGGUGAUUCCAGUGUUGCCCCAUGUGAUGGUGAUGUUAAUCCCAGGACAAACAUUGCCUCUUCAGCUUUUUCACCCGCAAGAGGUUAGCAUGGUGCGGAAUUUAAUUCAGAAAGACAGAACCUUUGCUGUCCUUGCAUACAGUAACGUACGUGAAAGAGAAGCACAUUUUGGAACAACAGCUGAAAUAUAUGCCUACCGAGAAGAACAGGAGUUUGGAAUUGAAACAGUUAAAGUGAAAGCAGUAGGAAGACAGAGGUUUAAGGUGCUUGAAAUAAGAACCCAGUCAGAUGGAAUCCAGCAGGCGAAAGUCCAAAUCCUUCCUGAGCGAGUGCUGCCUUCCACGAUGUCAGCAGUACAGCUGCAGUCUCUCAACAGAUGCCACAUAUUUCCUUCUUCCAGACCUACAGUGUGGCAGGACCAACAUAUACAUCAAAGGUGGCAGAAAUAUCAAAAGAGGAAGUUUCACUGUGCUAGUUUGACAUCUUGGCCUCCGUGGCUCUAUUCUUUAUAUGACGCUGAAACCCUGAUGGAAAGAGUCAAGAGGCAAUUACAUGAGUGGGAUGAAAAUCUUAAAGAUGAAUCUCUUCCAUCAAAUCCAAUAGAUUUUUCUUAUAGAGUGGCUGCUUGCCUGCCAAUUGAUGAUUCAUUACGUAUUCAACUGCUUAAAAUAGGGAGUGCAAUUCAGCGUCUACGGUGUGAAUUAGAUAUUAUGAAUAAAUGUACGUCUCUUUGUUGUAAGCAGUGUCAAGACACAGAAAUAACAACCAAAAAUGAAAUAUUCAGUUUGUCCUUAUGUGGGCCUAUGGCUGCAUAUGUAAAUCCUCAUGGAUAUAUCCACGAAACACUUACAGUGUAUAAAGCCUGCAACCUGAAUCUGAAUGGCCGACCUUCUACAGAGCACAGCUGGUUUCCUGGGUUUGCAUGGACAAUAGCCCAGUGCAGAAUCUGCGGCAGUCACAUGGGGUGGAAGUUCACAGCUACAAAAAAGGAUAUGUCACCUCAGAAGUUUUGGGGUUUAACCCGGUCUGCUCUGCUGCCUAGGAUUCCAGAUAUGGAGGAUGAAUUAGGCCAAGACAGAUCUCCAAUACUUUGCCUGUAAUCUUGUAACCUGCUUUUUGGAAUGAACAGGCAGCAGUCAGUGUCUCUUAACUGAAUCUGCUCAGUGCUGCUUCCGAUGCUUACUUAAACUAAAAAAUUUAAAAAAAAGAAAGACACAGAACAGGAAGCACCAUUACAUUUGGUGGUGUCUUGGCAAGUUACUAUGGUGUCCAGAUACGUUGGGAACUGAUGGUUGACGUUUAAAAUUUGACAACUGGGGAGAGAGAAGCGUAGUGUAAGAGACCAGGAGGUAUAUGUGGUUCUGGGAAGGCCAGCCAGGCACUGAAAGAGAUGACUCUGAAUCUUGCUUACUGUAUUGUAUAAUUGAAGAUGUUCAUUGCUAUUGAAUUAAAGUAAAAGAUUUGGAAGAAAUAAUAAAGAUGCUGUUAAGCACUAUAUGAUUUAUGUAUGAUGGUAAACAGCAGCAGUGUUCUUCACUGUGGGAUAUUUCCCAGUAAUACACCUUCCUUAAGUACCUUUUGGUGAAAAUCCCUGUUUUGAAUCCACAUGAAAUACUCUCAAGUUUACCUUUGUGCUGCAUUCAAAGCCUUUCCAAACAAGCAUCAAAGAGUACAAGAUCUCAACCUUCAUACCGAUUGGUGUUGUGUUGGUAAUGUCCUCCUAUUAGCAGUGCUGCAAAUGGCAGACGUCACGUGCUUACUGAUACCUGCUGCUAAAGCAACUACUGUAUAAAUUCCUUUUUCUUUUUUUUUUUUUUU